UGGAUUCCAUCAUAUUAAAACAAAAAUUAGAAGGGGAGAUAGGAAAGGAGAAUGCCAUUAUCAGUAAAACACUGCACUCAUUUAUGUAAGGUCUGUCAGAUAAGACAAGCCAGGUGUAAAGCUACCAUAUUUAGUGGAGGCAGCAGAGAGCUGAGGACAAAAUCUACGCAUUGCAUUUACAGGCAUCCUCCAAUUCAAAUACAGGAAACUGAAACUGUUUCCUCCAUUUGUCUGUGAAACGCUUUAGAAGAACAAUGAACUUCAAAGGUGGUGUUACACUGUUAUUUCUCUGCGGCCUGGUUGUUUUCCACAUUGAAGACUGCAAUGCUUGUGACCUCACUGCUACAGUUGGGGACUAUUUAGAAAUUUCACUGGGAUUGGAGACAUUGAAUAAGGAUGAUGAGCUAAAGUGGACACAUAAUCAAAUGGUUAUAUUUAAGAGAAAUAAUAAGGGAAUAAUCAUGAAAGGAAAGAAGGAAAAUGUGAAUGAAAAAGGGCACUUUAUCAUCCAAAAUGCAGACAAGACACAUGACGGCACAUAUUCUUUUGAAGUGUAUAAAAGAAAUGGCACUUUAAAAGCAUCAGGAAAAAAAGAACUCUGCGUUCGUGAAAUGCUCGCCAAGCCAGGAGUGAAUAUCACAUGUGACAAGGGGAAAGUUGUUGUCAAAUGUGAUACUCAGAGCAAGAAAGAUCAAAUCUUCAUUUGGUACCGUAAUGGAGGGAAAAUGAAGGAGGAUACACAAACCUUCCAGAAAAAUAAGAAUGAAUUAAAGAUUACUGACCAGUUUGAAUGUGUGGUGGAGAAACCAGUUAAAAGUCAUCGAAGUGACACAGUUCCAGUACCUGAAAAAUGUAUAUCGGAAAGUUCAUUGGAAAACAAGACGCUCUUUGGCUUUGACUUUCGGAUUAUGGUUGGAGUCCUAGCAACUGGAGGAUUUCUUGUACUGGUUUUGUUGAUUGUGCUUGUGACUUGUGCGUGUCAAAGCUGUAAACGACAAGAGAAACGAAUGCAAGAUGAAGACGAGCUCAGGCUGAACAACUUCCACACACCUCCGCAAAGAUCAAAGCAAACCGCUAGGGGUCAACCAGCUCCUCCAGUUCCCCAAGAAGAUCCUGAAGUCUCCAACUAUGAAGUGGAUGAUCCUCCACCUAAGGCCCAGUCCAGAGCCAAGAACCAACAGCGUGUUCGGCCUCCACCACCACCUGUCGAUGAGGACGAAUCACCUCCACCAUUACCCCAACCUAGAAAAAAAGCUCCAAACACCAAAAGGAAUCAAGGACCAUUGUACAUGCAACCAUGAGAGAGUAGUCCAGGAAUAGUAGUCAUUCAUUUCUGGUAUUAACUGUGGGAAUUUGAAGAGGACUCUGUGAAGGUGAGGCAAAUUGCAAGUUGUGUUAGUCGUGUCUUACAUACAUAUACAUACAUCCAUAUAUACAUACAUACAUAUAGUCACAUACUAACGUUUUAACACUCCCAGUAAUAUUACAUGUUUUGUUGAUUUUCUAAGUGAUAACACGGGUUGAACUUAAAUGUGUCAUUUUCUGCAAAGUUUAGUACAAAAUUUCUGUUUAUUUGUUUAACAUGCUGGAGAGAAAAAACAAAAUAUGAAAGGUACCAUAACGUUUGCACAAGCUACAAUUGAAGUUUUCCACUUUACUCAGUAUGUUAAAUUCAGCAAAUAAACAAUGCAUUAAAUUGUUCUCUGUAAUGCAUAUAUGCGUAUUUCGCAUUAGAAAAUCAACAAAACAUACCAAAAAUGAAUUUUCUAUGACCAUUUUACCAAUUUUAUCCUGUAUUUUGUCCAAUUAUAUCUUAUACAGUGUGCAUUGAAAUACUAUAUACUAUCCACCAAAGGCAUUUUAAGAUGUUUUACUUGCACAACUUUAAAUCACACACAUUUCCAACAAACUGAAAGUGAACAAACAAUCUGAAAUGCCAUCGCCACUGCAGGUCUUAACAUGUCCUGCUGAAAGCAACAAACCUGAACGUCAUAUGCAUUUUGAGUUUGGCUUGUGUGAACAUGUGAUGUAUAACUGGAACGUUUUACACAAGCAAAACUGAAUGCACAGCCCUUGCUUGCCUUCCUCGCCCCAGUCUCAGGGAUGUGGUUUAAAAGCACAGAAAAAACCUACUGAACGACACAUUGUCAGCUUUUUUCUUCUCAGCACCGUUUGCUCAUUUCCUGUGUGUGGGAGAUAUGUGAAGCUUGCACCUUGUGAUAAAGUCUUUUUUCACAGUGGAAUGAUUUAAGAAAAGAAAGUAACAUUAUUGCAAAAAAUCUAAAUCAGCACAGUGUAAUCAAUUUUAUCUUAGAAACAUCAUAUUUUUACCUGUUUCUUUCUUUACAUCCAAACUAAACAAAAAUGUAUUUAUUAUCGAUACAAUAACCACUCUGCAAUUCAGUUUAAUACACUGAUUGUGAUCCUCCUUUAUUAAUGUUUUCUAUUAUUCCUUUUUAUUAUCAUUUUUAAAAAUAAAAAAAACUGAUACAACUGAUAGUUGUUCUUCAGAGUUAAUACAAAAUAAUCAGACUUUUCUUCAGUUUAGUAACAAGAGUGAUGUACUGACCAAACCAUUGCACAUUUCCUGUGUCAGAUUGCCUUUUUUGUUUGUUUUGUUUUUUAGACAAAGCAUUGUCUUCAAAUAAAUCUGAAAAAAUGUUCUCUUUUACAUAUUCCGUACAGAUUUAACCAUUACAGGAGGUCCUCGGGUUACGUCAGUGCCGAGUUACGAUGUUUCGUGGUUACGACACAUCUCCCAUAUACUAUAUAAAGCCUUGUUUCGACUUAAGUGGUUUUGCGCCGUAAACGUCGUAAACGUUGUAAACGUCGUAAACGCAAACUUCGUGUGUGGGAAAUAGUUGGUAUGCGCGGUUGAAGAAUACGCAUUGUACGCUCCCAAGCUUAAGGCAGACUCUUCUGAUGGCAGUGCAUCGAAGAAGAGGAAAGCCAUCACCCUGGAAGUGAAAUUAGAUGUCGUUAAGCGAUCCAAUAAAGGGGGAAACAGCGACAAACUUUGGCCGGUCGCUUGGACUUAGUCGUUCGACUGUCGCUACGAUUAUAAAAGAUAAAGAUCGCAUCCUACUGCUUUUUAUUACUGUUUCAUUUCAUUACUAAACGUAUUUUAUAUUUCCUUAAUGUGUUUUUUGAUAAUUAUGCAGGGUGCUGUGUUAGGAUAGGAUAAGUGCUUACAGUAUUUACGUACAGUAUGUAGUAUGUUCCAACUUACACCGAAAAUCGGUUUAUGACGGGACGUAGGAACGGAUCAACGUCGUAACCAGAGGACCCCCUGUAUAUAACAAAUGAAACUGAACUACCUUGCAUCAGCAGUUCAUUUUUGCAUCAAAGUGAUUCCAAUACAGCCAUGACUUUUAUUAUUUCAUAAGAGAAAUUAUGUGUCAUAAUAAAUUUCAGUACUGAGAAGGAUUUGCAGUUACAUAUAAUAUGACAAAAAGAAUUGCUAAAGAAAAAACUUUUGCAAUUAUUUCUCUUUCAUUUUUAUGUAUAUUUUUGUAGUUGUGUUUACAUAUUAUUAAAGAAUAUAUUUUUAAUACACCUUUCCUUGUCAAAAGCAUGUAUUAACUGCUUAGAUUUUGCUGCCAAGAAUGUUUCAUUGUAGUACAUUCUGUAUGUUAUGAGAAUUAUUAUGUUAUAAUGUCUUUGUGGUGCCCGGGAAUUUCUAAUCGAAUUAAAUAAAUGCAGUGCAUUCAUCCA